AUGUAUCAUCAUCAAUUUCGAGCCUCCAAGUCACACACUUCUUCCCGGCCCUUCAUAUACCUUCGUCCCCAAACUCCAACGGUCUUUCCAGCAUCGUCUCACCUUCUCCCAGCCAUGGAGCCCCCGAAGCCCAUCGCGUUUUGUGAACACCUCCAAUUGUCCAGUGUUGGCGUUCAGCCAGCCUCCAUCUCGUUCCAGACACUCACGCUAGAGUCCGACCAUUUUAUUUGUGUUCGUGAAAAGGUUGGCGAGCAAAACCAGGUCGUCAUCAUCGACCUGGCCGACGCCAAUAAUGUUCUACGGCGACCCAUCUCCGCCGAUUCCGCCAUUAUGCAUCCCUCCCAGAAAAUUCUGGCUCUGAAAGCCGGUCGAACUCUGCAAAUAUUCAACAUUGACACGAAGCAGAAGGUCAAAUCCCACGUGAACGAUGCAGACGUCGUCUUCUGGAAGUGGGUUUCGGACACCACCAUUGGCAUGGUCACCGAGUCAUCCGUUUUCCACUGGACUAUUGCAGACCAGACUUCUCCACCGCAGAAGAUAUUCGAUCGUCACCCAACCCUCAAUGGCGCUCAAAUCAUAAAUUAUCGAAUAACUCCAGAUGAGAAGUGGCUGGUUCUAAUUGGCAUUUCGGGCAACACGACCAACCCGUCCGCGUUCAAAGUCAAAGGCUCUAUGCAGCUGUAUAGUAGGGAACGCGGAGUCAGUCAGCCGAUAGAGGGGCAUGCUGCUGCCUUUGCCCAGCUCAAGAUUGAUGGUCACCAAAAUCCUACGAAACUCUUCACCUUCUCCGUCCGCACCGCCACUGGAGCCAAGCUUCAUGUCGUCGAAAUAGAUCACACCGCGCCUGAUCCCGCCUUCGUCAAGAAAGCAGUCGACGUCUACUUUCCUCCGGAGGCGACCAAUGAUUUCCCUGUUGCGAUGCAGGUCUCGAAGAAACACGGAAUUAUCUACCUGGUCACCAAGUACGGCUUCAUCCACCUUUAUGAUCUCGAGUCCGGCGCCUGCGUCUAUAUGAACCGCAUCUCUGGCGAAACAAUAUUCGUCACCUCGGAGCAUGAGGCUACUAACGGAAUUAUCGGAGUCAACAAGAAGGGUCAAGUUCUCAGCGUGAAUGUGGAUGAGCAAACCAUCAUUCCUUACAUACUAAGCGUCCUCAACAACACCGAGUUGGCUUUCAAGUUAUCGAGCCGCGCCAAUCUCCCAGGCGCGGACGAUCUGUAUGUUCAGCAGUACAAUCAACUCUUCCAAAGCGGGCAGUACUCUGAGGCCGCCAAGAUUGCCGCCAACUCGCCUCGAGGUAUAUUGCGAACCGUACAGGUGAUCGAAGCCUUCAAGGCUGCUCCUGCCCAACCCGGCGGCCUCUCUCCGAUCCUCCAGUACUUCGGAAUCCUACUUGAGAAAGGUGAACUUAAUCACCUCGAAUCCCUGGAGUUAGCGCGACCUGUUCUCCAACAAGGUCGGAAACAGUUGCUUGAGAAAUGGCUUAAGGAAAACAAGCUUACAUGCAGCGAAGAGUUGGGCGACAUAGUCCGCCUUCAUGACAUGACGCUCGCGCUGAGCGUUUAUUUGCGAGCAAACGUUCCGAAUAAGGUCAUUGCGUGUUUUGCAGAGACUGGUCAAACCGACAAGAUUGUCCUCUAUUCGAAGAAGGUCGGGCAUACCCCCGAUUAUUUCUCCCUGUUGCAGCACGUCAUGCGCACCAAUGCGGAAAAAGGAGCCGAGUUUGCCGCUCAGCUGGUUAACGAUGAAAGCGGGCCCCUUGUUGACAUUGAACGGGUCGUCGAUGUCUUCAUGUCUCAGAACAUGAUCCAGCCAGCGACUUCAUUCCUCUUGGAUGCUCUGAAGGACAACAAACCUGAACAAGGCCACCUACAGACGCGCCUCCUCGAAAUGAAUCUGGUUCACGCCCCGCAAGUCGCAGAUGCAAUCCUAGGCAAUGAGAUGUUCACCCACUACGACCGUCCGCGUAUUGCCAAUCUUUGUGAGAAGGCUGGUCUGCUCCAACGGGCUCUCGAGCACUACCAAGAUCUAGCCGACAUCAAACGGGCCAUCGUCCAUACCGCGGCGCUCCAACCUGAGUGGCUUGUCAAUUACUUCAGCAAUCUCACCACAGAACAGUCGAUGGCUUGUUUACAGGAAAUGCUCAAAGUCAACAUCCGACAGAAUCUCCAAGUUGUUAUCCAGAUUGCCACUAAGUACUCUGACAUUCUGGGCCCCGUCAAAUUAAUCGAGAUGUUUGAGAGUUUUAAGAGUUUUGAAGGGCUUUAUUACUACCUUGGCUCUGUCGUCAACGUCAGCCAAGAUCCCGAAGUUCACUUUAAGUACAUCCAGGCUGCCACUCGCACUGGACAGAUACGCGAAGUUGAACGCAUCUGCCGGGAGAGCAACUACUACAAUCCAGAGAAAGUCAAGAAUUUCCUCAAGGAGGCGAAACUCUCCGAUCAGCUCCCUCUCAUUAUCGUCUGCGACCGUUUCGACUUCGUACAUGACCUUGUUCUGUACCUCUAUCAGAAUGGACUGACCAAGUUCAUCGAAGUUUACGUUCAGCGCGUCAACUCGGUGCGCACUCCGCAGGUGGUGGGGGGUCUCCUUGACGUCGACUGCGAUGAGGCGACCAUCAAGAGCCUGCUCGCGUCCGUAACCGGCAAUUUCCCCAUCGACGAGCUCGUGAAUGAAGUCGAGCAGCGAAACAGAUUGAAACUCAUCCUUCCCUGGCUUGAGGCCCGUGUUCAAGCUGGGAGCCAGGACACCGCCGUUUUCAAUGCCAUCGCGAAAAUUUAUAUCGACAGCAACAACAAUCCUGAAGCAUUCCUCAAGGACAACAAUCUGUAUGAUCCCAUGGUGGUUGGCAAAUUUUGCGAGAAGCGCGACCCGUACCUCGCCUAUAUUGCUUAUGCCAAAGGCUUUUGCGAUGACGAGCUCAUUGCGAUUACCAACGAGAACUCAAUGUUCAAGCAGCAAGCGCGAUACCUCAUCAAGCGUCGUCAGCCUGAUUUGUGGGCUCAAGUUCUCUCUGGUGAAAACAUCCAUCGCCGUCAACUCAUCGACCAGAUCGUUGCAACUGCGCUUCCCGAGUGCACAGACCCUGACGAUGUGUCGAUCACCGUCAAGGCGUUCAUACAGGCAGAUCUGCCGAUGGAGCUUAUCGAACUCCUUGAAAAAAUCAUCAUCGAGCCUUCACCAUUCAGCGACAACCGCAACUUGCAGAACCUCUUACUGCUUACUGCAAUUCGGGCGGACAAGGGCAAGGUCGUCGGGUACAUCACCAAACUUCAAAACUACGACUCCAACGAAAUUGCCAAGAUUGCCACAGAGCAUGGACUAUUCGAAGAGGCCCUGACCAUCUACAAGAAGUACGAACAACAUGCACUGGCCAUCAACGUCCUUGUCGAGCACAUCGUUUCCAUCGACCGUGGUUUGGAUUUCGCGAACAAAGUCAACAAGCCCGAAGUUUGGAGCCGACUCGCCAAGGCUCAACUUGACGGCCUGCGUAUCAAAGACUCCAUAGAUUCGUACAUCAAGGCGGAAGAUCCCACCAACUUUAUGGAGAUGAUCGAGAUUUCAACACGGGCUGGCAAGCAAGACGAUCUGGUUCGCUACCUCCAGAUGGCACGAAAGACCCUCCGAGAACCCAAGAUCGACACCGAGUUGGCGUAUGCCUAUGCGAAGACUGACAGAUUGCAUGACAUGGAGGACUUUUUGGGAAUGACGAACGUUGCGGACAUACUCGAGGUCGGGGAGAAAUGCUUCAACGACGAGCUCUAUCAGGCAGCAAAACUUCUCUUCGCAAGCAUUUCGAACUGGGCUCGUCUCGCCACCACUCUAAUCUAUCUUGGAGAAAACCAAGCUGCCGUCGACAGCGCGAGGAAAGCUGGCAAUACUCAGGUCUGGAAACAGGUCCAUGCCGCGUGCAUCGAGAAGAACGAAUUUACUUUGGCCGAAAUCUGUGGCUUAAACAUCAUUGUUCAUGCGGAGGAGCUCUCUGCUCUCGUCAAGAUCUACGAGAGAAGAGGUCAUUUCGAGCAUGUGAUCGCGUUACUCAAAGCUGGCUUGGGGCUCGAGCGCGCUCAUAUGGGCAUAUUCACGGAAAUGGCUAUUCUUUUGAGCAAAUAUCAACCUGCUAAAUUGAUGGAACAUCUGAAGGUCUAUGUUUCUCGGAUCAACAUUCCUAAGGUCUUGAAAGCCGUCGAAAAAGCGCACCUCUGGCCAGAACUUGUCUUCCUAUACAUCAAAUACGACGAAUUCGACAAUGCCGCCGUUGCGAUGAUUGAACGUUCUGCAGAUGCGUGGGAGCACAACCAGUUCAAGGAUGUCAUUGUCCGGGUGGCCAAUGUCGAAAUAUAUUAUCGCGCGUUGUCCUUUUACCUGGAGGAACAACCAACAUUACUGACCGACCUCCUCACCGUCCUUAUUCCUCGCAUCAACCACUCGCGGGUCGUAAGGAUGUUCAAAAAGCAAGAUCACUUGCCUCUUAUCCGAAACUAUCUCAUUGCGGUACAAAACCUCAACAUUGAGGAUGUCAACGACGCCUACAACGACUUGUUGAUCGAAGAGGAGGACUACAAAACUUUGAGGGAUUCCAUCGACAACUUCGACAACUUCAAUACGAUUGCCUUGGCCAAGCGUCUCGAGGGCUCACCACUGCUUGAGUUCCGUCGACUUGCUGCACAUCUAUAUAAGAAAAACUCGCGAUGGGACCAGUCUAUAGCUCUGUCCAAGAACGACCGACUUUUCAAAGACGCAAUGAUCACUGCAGCAGUUUCCGGAUUGACAGAGGUUGCCGAGGAAUUAAUGUCGUACUUUGUCGACAUCGGAAACAAGGAGUGCUUCUCAGCCUUGCUGUACAUUUGCUUUGACUUGCUUCGGUCGGACGUGGUUGAAGAACUAUCAUGGCAACAUGGACUGAAUGACUUCUACAUGCCCUACAAAAUUCAGGUUCAACGCGCGUUGGUGACAAAGCUGGCACAGCUUGAGAAGGAAAUCCAAGAACGGUCCAAGAAGGAGGUGCAGAAGGAGCAAGAGGAGUCCCAAGCCCCCAUCAUCAACCCUGGGCUCAUGAUCACAAAUGGACCAACUGGUGGGUUCGCUGCUCCUGUUCAGCUGAACGGGAUGAUGCCUCAAAUGACCGGGUUUUACUGA